AGUGGCAGACGCUUCUCCUCCACGCUCACAACAACUCCAUGACUCUGGAGCAGUUCGAUGCAAGUUUGGACGUCGAAAUUCCAGAUAUUUCUUCUCUGUCGUCGACAUGCACUGGCUGUUGCUGGCUGGAUUCUGCGGGCUCGCUUUGCUGAAUAGCUCAGGUAAAUACAAAUUCUUAAAAUAUGAUUAAUUAAAAUGGAACAAAAAGUGAAAAUGAGGCAAAGAAAUGCAUUAUGGGUUGUAUAUUUAAUAUUGGAAAAGACAGUACAGGAGUGACCUCAGCACAUGAAGCUUGAUUUGUUGUAAUUCUCGAUGCAGUCAUUUAAUUGUUAAUGUUAUGUCUGUUAGACAAGCUGCGAAGCAUGCAAAUGCUUUGCAUGAUAUUUUUGAAACCACCAUGACUUCCUGACCAUCUGGGGAAAAGAGGAAGUUGCUCUCUGAGACAAAGGCCAAUGUGUUUUGAUGAUGUUACUGUGACUGAUGUUAAAUUUAAUAUAGUGAUUAUGUAGUUAAACUCUCCAAUGCUAUCAUCUGACCAUUUGAUUUGGCACCUGCAAUACAGGUACUUAGAGGUUAGUUAAUAGUUGGCAAUUCAUUCAAUGGGUGAAUGCUUAUCGAUCAAAUUGUUUGAUUAGGUAUAAAACUAAAGAAAAACGAAUGUUCACUUGGUAAGGUUGGUAAAAGUUAAUAUGCAAUAAGUUAAAUCAGAGCUUAUAAAGUUGUGCUGUUUUUACAUCACAGCUGAUCAUAUGAAAUUGGACCAUGAAGACCUUUGUUUCAGUUAUUUGCUUCAAUAAAAACCAAGAGAAAUAUCUUUAGGACAGCUGGUGAUGAAGAAGAAGAAGAACUUUUUUGAUCCCCGAAGGGAAAUUCAAUAAAUUCAAAAUUCAAAAAAAGAAAAAAGAAAAAAAAAUUCUGAGGCUCAUAGAAACGCAGUCUUAUUCCCAAAAAAAAAAGAGCAAAUUCAAUCAGAGCGCUCAACAAACUUUCCUCAGAAGUUCCAGAAGUUAAACUGACGUUAAAAUUUGUACUUUGCUGUAAAAUUUUGGAACCGCCUUUGCCCCGAUUUUCAAAAAUACUUCAAGUCACUUAAUUCAAAUAAACUCACACUAAAUCCAAACAAAAUUAAAUUCACAAUAUUUGGAAAUAGGACAAAUAACUCACCAAAGAAACUCGUGAUAAAUAACAUAACAAAUAAAAUUUCUUGGAGUCAUUAUUGACAGCAAAUUAUCCUGGAAGCCUCAUAUACAGUACAUUACAGCAAAAAUAGCAAAGUCAAUUGCAAUACUACAUAAAGUCAGAUAUAUUCUUUACACCUUGUGCUGUUCAUUCAUUCUCCCAUACAUCACCUACUGUGUUGAAGUAUGGGGGAACACAUACAAAACAAACACAGAAACAGUAUACAAACUCCAAAAAAGAGCAAUAAAAACAGUAAAUAAAGGUACCUACAGAGAACCAUCAAACCCACUCUUCAUCAAACUGAAGGAACUUAAGUUCAAGGAUUUGGUGGACCUCAAAUCAGGUACCACAGGGCAUCUAAAAGUUGUUUCAAAUAAGAGAAAACCAACAUAAUCUCAGGGGAAUAUGCAUUUAUUUUAAAAACAACAUGUAUGUACCAACACAAAAAUCAAUGUAUAUCAGUCAAAGGAGUUAAUCCGUGGAACAGUCGCAACUCAUUGAGAUCCUUUUGUGUAAUUUUUUUACUAAAGACUCUGGCCAUUUUUAAAGAGUUAAAUGCAAAAAUUCCUAAAUUUGCCCUAUCUCACAAUGAUAAAGAAUCCUUCAAAAAAUUCCUGGAUCCAGAAGGCGAUCUGGAUCACCACCAAAAUGUAAUGGGAUCCUUCUGGGGCUGAGACGCACCUAUGGUGAAAAUUUCAGGUCAAUCCGUCUGUAACUUUCUCCGUAAAGUUGUUCACAAACAAACAAACAAACAAACUAACAAACAAACGCUACCAAAAACAUAACCUCCUUGGCAGAGGUAACAAUAAAGGGGUAGGACUAGAUAAGCACAUUGUAUAUUGCAUUUAUUUUGUUUUUCUUUUAACCUGUUCGAAAAAACAAAUGAAUUACAAACUAUGAUUUUCUUGAAGAGCAACGCCGCAAGAGUCAAGUCUUCACAUUGUCAUUUCUCCAGCUGUUGGAUCUGAGUCUCCAUGUGUCGUUUAAUCCACCUUAUCUUUUCUGCUAAAUGGCUGCAGGCGAUGCAACAAGGAUCACCCAGAAGCCCCGCUUCUACGGCUUAAAAACUGGCACCACUGCGAAAAUUUUCUGUCUGCCCUCCUGGGACGCAACGAAUGAUACACUGGAGUGGUACUGGGCUGCCAAGUACGAUGGACCUACAACAAAACUGCAAGCACACACGGGUAGUAUAUUGGGCACAAGCACAUUUCUCCACUUGGUGAAGCUACGCGUGGAAGACAGCGGAGUGUACUUCUGUAAGAUCAAUGGUGUAUGGGGGCCAGGGACUGGGCUCCACGUUGCUAGUAAGUGAUUAAAUAAUAGUUGAAUACCUUAUGAUUGCCAUUUAGAGUUAUUAUUUCUUGUUACUGAUCAAGAUUUCUGCAUGUUGAAAAAAAACAACAACAACACUGAUAAAACACAUGGUUUCCCCUCGCAGGAAACAUCAGUGUAACAGAGGCGUUGUACAGAACCAAGGUGAAAGAUGGUCUUAUGAUCUUCCAAGGCCUCCUGCUGGCUGUGUGCAUCGCUGCUAUACUGCUGCGCAGCAAUCAAGAUCUGGUGAGCUGAAAGACGAGUGAAUAUUUAGGACCAGAGCCUCAUAAGUUUGUAAAAUAGUUAACCACCUGACUUAUAAUCAGUGAGGAAACUAUGAAUAAAAACAUAACUAAGAAAAUGAGAAUUACACAAAGUUAGAUGAAGAUUGAAAGUUACUACCAAACUGAAUGUCUAUACUGGCUUAUUCCUGUUUUAUUGGCCAAAAUAUUUCACAAUUUAUUGUAAAAUAACUGAAUAAAAAUUCAAUAUUUGAUCAUCUCUCUCUCUCUCAGAUGUGCCCACCUUUAAAAAUGUUAAUGCUCACAACCAAAGCCACCAAAUAGGAUAAAAAAAUUAUGAUAAUGAUAAUGAUAAAGGGGGAAGUGUUCAGAUUGAUGUAUAAAGAUUAGGUAAUGAAUGUUUGAUUGCAGAUCUUUUUGUUCUGAUUUAAACAUCAUUUAAUGCUCUGAAAACCAGGCAUCUCUGUUUUUUCUGCCCUUUCAUUUUGUCUGUAUUUUUCUUUUUUACAGCUACUGAGGAGAGACAGCGAAUAUGAAGAGCCUGAAACAGAUCACAUCUAUGAGGUACGUCUCUAUUUUACAUUCAGACUUAUAAAGACAGGGUGAGUGGUAUUUGCCACAUAGAUAGUCAUUAUUUGCACACACGUUUUGUUAGCAUAGCUUUAAUCUGCAAUUUAAUCUUCUUUUGUCUUUCUAAGUAUUUCUAUGUGCUUCCUGCUCCUCUCAAGGCAAAAUAGGAGUGUCUUCACAUGAGCUGUUUUUUUUUUUGAACAAUUCAUUUAUUAACAUUUUUUCAUAAACACUAUACAACUUCAGUAACAACAAUAGAACUACAAAUUUCACCCAAACCCGCCCCCCUCCCUGAACAAACCCCAUAGGGCAACUCUUGCCUACAUCCCUAAAAAAAAAUAAUAAUAAUAAUAUAAAAGAAAAUAUAAAUGUAAAUAAAAUAAAAGAUAAAAUAAAAGAUAAAAUAAUAAUAAUAUGUUUAUAUGUGAAUAUAUAUAUAUAUAUAUAUAUAUAUAUAUAUUUAUAUAUAAGAAAAUAUAAAUGUAAAUAAAUAAAAGGAUAAAAUAAAAAAAAUACUACUACUACUAAUUAUAAUAAUAAUGAUAAUAAUAAUAAUAAUAAUAAUAAUAAUAAUAAUAAUAAUAAUAAUAAUAAUAAUUAAUAAUAAUAAUAAUAAUAAUAAAAACAGUAAUAGUAAUAUUAAUGAUAAUAUGUAUACAAUAAUAAUAAUAAUAAAAACAACAACAAUAAUAAUAAUAAUAAACAAAUCUGUUACAUAAUUAAAUAAAUAAAACUUCAAAAAAAAUAUUACAGCAAAAUUACAUGCAGCAAAGGUCAAGACAUUGACAAUGGAAAAGCACAGACACUCUUGCAGAUGUGCUACAACCAACAACCACCACACUAUUGACACAUAAGCUCGUUUUGAUUAACCCGGUAAAGCUUUGGGUCCAAAAGUUUCUGUCUCAUGUUCUGAUCUGCACAACCCUGAUUCAUAAAGUUUGCAGCUUUUAGAUGCCUCACAAAUAUACACAUACAAAAAUAUAAAGUAGAGCUGGGAAUCUUUACGGCAAAAUACUCUUAAACACUUUUUUAAUGACACUACAAAGUUGGAGCCAAAAAUUCAGGAUGUCAUUUAGUCUGAGAUGCAUUUUUCAGUGCUUUCAAUGCAACAUUUUGCCAAUCAUACAAAAAAAAAAAGUUACAUGCGGCUUUUAUUUAUUUACAUGUUGGUUUCUGUCCUGUGACAAGUCGCAGCUGCUUAUCUUUAUCUCUGACUCGUGUCUGGAUCAAUGACUUUGCAAAUUAAAGAAAAACCAAUCAAGACUAAACACAAAAAGUGUGUUUUACAUGUGCUCAUUGGAUCACACGCUCCCUGUCUGCUCAAAUCUGACCCUUUCGCUGGGUGUCCUUCCCUAUCCUUUCUUCUGUGUUUCCUCUCUUUCUUUUUCGCUGUUAUAUUGCAUAAAGGCAAAACCAGUUUCUGUGGUCUGUUUGAGUGAAACUGACUUCUUUCUCUUCUUCAGGGUCUGGCGAUUGAUUCAUGCGGUGGGGGUCUAUAUGAGGAACUGACUGUGUACGACCAGGCUGAUGGAGCCGAGGCCCCAUGGGAGUGAGAUCAACACAGCACCUCCAAACCUCCACAAUCUCUCAAAAACUCACUUUCUACGGGUUCUUGACUGGUAGAGUCGAACUAACUUGAUACAGACAGUCCUGAGUGGACUUUAUAUCUGCACGGGUGUGGACAUUUGAUAGUUUCGCCUUGUAAAUAGUAUUUGUAUGUGUGCAAGAGUGUGCUUUUUCUAAAAUACUUGCUUUGCAGUACAUUAUGUAUUUUUUAUGCAAUGGUAGUGUUAUUUUCACUGAUUUCCUGAAAAGAGAUUUGAAAUUCAGGUUGGUGUAAACUAAGGGUGGACUGAUAUUGGCUUUUCAGGGCCAAUACUGACAACCAAUAAGAAACCAAUAGACCGAUAAGUGAGAUCUGGGACCGAUAAAUUCCAACACAAAGCUUUGCUAAAAUGUCUACAGCUUACAUUUAAUUUAAAAUAGAAGACUCAGCAUCGUAUAGAGGAGUUAACAGUUAACUAGAUACACCUUGUCUGCGGAAAGUGUGUGUAAAAAGGCUGUUCCCGCAGCUGCUCGGCUGACACCUACCCCCUUGCACCUGUUUCAGGCAUUCAAAACUAGGAUAUGAAAUCCUUGAUCAUGUUGGUGAUGGUCUUGUUUGCCUUAAUAUAUCACGAAAGGGCAUCACUUGAAAUUUCAGUCUAUUUUUAUAACCUGAGAAAACCCUUGAAGGAGCUUUAAUUAAAUCAAUUUAAAAGGCCAAUACCAUAGACUGUAGAUAGAACGGAAGCCAUCUGCCUCCUUGCUGUGUGAAGCCACCCCGGGAACAGCACCCUCUGGUGACAGGCUGCAGUAUAGGUCAUAAAUCUUGCCUCUGCCAGCAAAGCUUAUUGAGCUGUGGACAAACUUUAGAAAUUUAUCACACAGAAUAUAAUUUUUUCUCCCCCCUGCUUGCGAUGUUGACAUGUAGUUAUUGUAAGACUGGUUUGUGCCCAAGUCCUCUUUUGUCUGUACAGCUCUAUUUUUAAAAGUUAUUAGGAGGUUCAUGUUUUCUAUGAUUGACGCUUGAUCGAGCGUCAUCACAGCGACUCUCGGCGACUCAGAUUAAUCGAUCAAAUACCAAAUAUCGGCCCCAAUGAUCAGUCCAGACUGAUGAUCUGUCCACCCCGAGUUUAACAACUUGUUUCACAAUGCAGGUUUGACUGUUUUAUUUUGGUGCUUUCAGAUGUUCAUAUUUCUAUUUUGACAUUUAAUUGUUAAAGGCGGUGCUUCUCACUUCUCUUUUUGAGGGAAAGAAUUGCUGGAAAAUUGUGUGUUAAAGUCCUUUUUUUCUUGUGGGUUGAAAGUACCUGUAAGCGGACUGAUUCAUCAAUGAACUUCAAGAAAGUAAAUCCCCAGCUAUGUUUAUAACCAGUUAGUCAUUUUUUAGACAUAGAUGUAAUGCUUGAGGGUUAAGUUUUGAGUCUUUUCUUGUCUUAUGUGACAUUAAAAGCAGAGUUUUUGGACUGUAUGCUGUUGAUGAAGUGAGUGAAUUUAAAGACGUUGUUUUUACUUUGUGCCUUGACUAAAUAGACAAUGAAAAAAAACCUUUGAUUUCAGCUCAGUGCCUCUUGAAUAUACAGGAAGAAUACACUUAAAACUCCUUCACUUGCAAUAGAAUUUUUUUUUAUUGUAUUUUGCAAAAGAAAGAGGAAGAACAUGUUACUUAAAAAAAGCAAUAAAUAACAAAUAAAUAGAUAGAUCAAUAAAUAUGGGUUUGAGAAUCAACACAUCCAUUAUCUGGUUUACAAAAAUACUGAUUGUAUUACAUUAUCACCAAUAACUAAAUAAAUAAAUACAUGAAAAUAGAAAA